AUCAAGUUUUAGAAAAAGUUUGUUCAUGUUCUCGAGUACAACACUUUGUUUUCUGCACCACCGUCCUAUCGAAAUAAACCGUACUGAAUAACCGGAACUUUAGUGUACUGGCACAAUGUUGGGGACUAUAACAGGAGAAAAGGAUGAAGUAGAUCCGAUCACUAUGAUGCUGUAUCACAUUCACACACAACUGAACUUCAGGGAAGUCACCACGCUCUCAGCUAUAGCAAACGUUCCACCACAUCUCAGAUAUAACAUUGAGGACGGAUUAGAUCUAUUCUCGUAUCUAACAGAUGAGGACAAGAUUCACAGUGAUUACCUGGACAUGCUAUUCACCAGCAUCAGACGACCUGAUCUCGUUGAUCACGUGCAAAGAUUCUACAAAAGUGAGUGGAAGCAGUCAGCCUACGCGCAUACUAUGGAAACAUUCCGUAAGACAGGAGAAAUACUCCUGGUACCAAGGAACCAGUACAAAACUGUGGGUAUCACUGAAGAGCAUGAUUACGAUCUUUACCUUCACUACACUGAUGCCGACAGGAAGUUUGCGGAGUACCUUAUCCAGCUACUAAAAGAAGAGGGAGUAACGAUUCUAUCUGGGGACUUCAAGGAGAUCUGGACGGAAGAACCGCUGAGAUGCAGAUACUGUGUACCGAUACUUAGCAAGUCGUACAUCCAGCAGGAUCUGACGGCAGAGCUCAACAUUUUACUGGAUCAAGAAAUAAACCCCGGAGCCUCUCUGAAGAACAUCAUACCCAUCCUAAACGGAGUUACUCCCAAAUACCUAUCAGACACCUGCCCUGGGCUGGAGAGUGUGGCUCAGUUCAGUUUCAUCGGGGGAGUCGGCGAAUACAUCAAGCAGAUCACUAGUAUCAUACAUAACCGAUUAAAGACGUCAGUAAGUAGAUGGUAUAAAUGUGCAGCGACGCUACAGUGCACUUCCAAACAUCAGUCAGGGAAGAGCCAGACGUUUGAGGUGAGCAUGUCAGAUCAGGACAGUUUUAUAGUCUGUAGGAGUGAGAACAGUGUCCUCUUCAGAGGAGACAAAGGUAUCAAGGGGCUGAGAGAGGGGUCAGAGAACGGGCACUGUGUAAUAUCAACAGAUUACUCUGACGAAUGUGGCCUGUGUGUCAGUGUGAAGAGUAUGGGUCAUCCUCUUACUUUCGUAUCUGUUAUUGCUCCCAUCUAUAUGCCCAGAGGUACUUCAACUCUGUUGCUAGGAAAAGAGUGGAUCAGUAUUGCUUCCAGAAGGAAUGCCUCUCAGUGCAUGGCUAAAAUAAGAAUCAGCUACGCUCCUGAAGAAGACGAAGGGCUGGUGAUGAAGGUACUUAGUCCGAGUGUAAAGGAAGAAGUGCUCUUCAACUCUAGCGUCACUAUCGGCUCCGGGGAGGGGUCCAACUUUAAGAUACAGGUGCCGGGUAUAGAGAUCUUGAAACAGCACCUAAAAUUAACUAAAACCGCUGAAGGCUGGCUCCUGAAACCAAUGUCACCGUCAUGCCACGUGUAUCUCCAGCUCCCCAAAGAGGAGGAUUCAGAGCCAGUUUGUGUGCCUUCAGGUGGAGAGAUUCUAGUGGGAACCCUGAGUACGAUAAGAGCUGUGAUAAACGAGGAGGAGAUACCGGAGGACGAGGGAAUAGGACUAUCAGACACGUGCUCUCGAAUAUCUGCCAAAAACACGUGACUCAGUGCAAAAAACACUUGACUACGUGACUGUAUCUCAGUGUUCCCGCUUAUAUGUAAUUGUAUUUUAGUAAUACGAGUGAUUGAUUAUUUGACUCAUUAUUGUGCUAAUACAGUGACGAGAAUUUUAUACUC